AUGGAGAAGCGAUGUAAAUAUACAGAGUGUAGAAGGAACUUUAGUCAAAGCUCCCAUUCCACUUCCCUCCAAAUAAAUCACCUUGGGAAGAAAUCCCAUCAGUGCUUGGAAUGUGGGAAAAGCUUUACCAAUAAAAAAAGUCUCAUGACCCAUCAAAGAAUUCAUAAAGGGAAGAAAUCAUUUCAGUGCUUGGAAUGUGGAAAGAGCUUCAGUCGGAAUUCCCAUCUCAGUUCCCACGUAAGAACUCACAGCGGAGAAAAACCAUAUCAGUGCAUGGAAUGUGGUAAGAACUUCGCUUGGAAGGAAAGUCUCACUUCCCAUCAAAGAAUUCAUACAGGGGAGAAACCAUAUCAGUGCUUGGAAUGUGGAAAGAGCUUCACCCAGAAGGAAAGUCUCACAGCCCAUCAAAGAAUUCAUACAGGGGAGAAACCAUAUCAGUGCUUUGAAUGUGGAAAGAGGUUCCUUCAUAGUGCCAAGCUCACGACCCAUCAAAGAAUUCAUACAGGGGAAAAACCAUAUCAGUGCCUAGAGUGUGGAAAGAGCUUCAGUCAGAGUGCCCAUCUCACAACCCAUCAAAGAAUUCAUACAGGGGAGAAACCAUAUCAUUGUUUGGAAUGUGGGAAGAGCUUCAGCCAGAGAUCCAUUUUUAAGUCGCAUCAAAGAAUUCAUACAGGGGAGAAACCAUAUCAUUGUCUGGAAUGUGGAAAGAGCUUCAGCCAGAGUGCUAUGCUUAAGACACAUCAAAGAGUUCAUACAGGGGAGAAACCAUUUCAGUGUUUGGAAUGUGGAAAGAGCUUUACCCAGAAAUUAACUCUAACAUUCCAUCAAAGAAUUCAUACAGGUGAGAAACCAUAUCAGUGCUUGGAAUGUGGAAAGAGCUUCAUUCGGAAAUCCCAUCUCAGUUUCCAUAAAACAACUCACAGUGUGGAGAAACCAUAUCAGUGUAUGGAAUGUGGAAAGAGCUUUGCCUGGAAGGAAAGUCUCACAUCUCAUCAAAUAAUUCAUACAGGGGGAAAACCAUAUCACUGCUUGGAAUGUGGAAAGAGCUUCACCCAGAAGGAAAGUCUCAUAGCACAUCAAAGAAUUCAUACAGGGGAGAAACCAUAUCGGUGCUUGGAAUGUGGAAAGAGCUUCAGUCGGUACUCUCAUCUCAGUUCCCAUCAAAGAACUCACAGCAAGGACAAACCAUAUCAGUGCAUGGAAUGUGGAAAGAGCUUCGCUUGGAAGGAAAGUCUCACUCCCCAUCAAAGAAUUCAUACAGGGGAGAAACCAUAUCAGUGCUUGGAAUGUGGAAGGAGCUUCACCCAGAAGGCAAGUCUGACUUCUCAUCAAAGAGUGCACACCAGUAGUAGUAGUAGUAGUAGUAAUAGUAAUAGUAAUAGUAAUAAUAAUUUUAUCACGAUUAAUGAUCAGUAUCAGGAUAAAAACACCAAUUACAAAAUUGAAAAGUUUAGAACAAAAUAA